CAUUUUCACAUGUCUGAAGUGUCUGAAUUUGUGUGAGUGUUUUAAGUGCGGUUAACAGAAAGAUUGGAGGAUAUACUGUAAUAUAAAGUUCCUUAUUGAGAACUGCUAUGGAUAGGCAUAUAAAACAGAAGAAGAGGAAAGUGCUCAAACGAAAGAUGCGUCCCAGUGAUUCAGCGAUCGAAAAAGGUAAGACUCAAUAAGCCGGUAAACCACAUGUGUUUGAAAUGCAGUUCCUGUCGUGUUUUGUCCGAGUCUAUAUAAUUAUAGUUGAUAUUUUAUGGUGAUUUACAGUUGCAAGGGCUAAAAAGGUGAAAGGAAAAAAGGAAAUUCGAGCAUUCAAUGUAUCUGAGGGAGAAUCGAAGACGCAAGGCUGCAUUGUCUCAGAGGAAGAAUCGAUUCCCCAAGGUAACUCUCAGUAGUUAUAUUUAGGACGCCGUGUGCCAUUCACCUGUGAAACUACAUGUUUGGUGCAUGUUCUUGUAAAGUAAUGCUCAUUUGACUGAUUCAUCGCUCUAUGCAUUUAAAAGUAGUUGAGACAUGUAGUUACGACAAGAGGUAAUUGUUCACCAUGUGAUGUAUCCCCACACUUCCCCCCUUUGCAAUGUUGUUAGCUAAGCAGUACCAAGUAAAAACUAAACUUCGAUGAACAACUUUGAAUCGGGGGCAAUUUUAGUUUUUGCCCUAGAUUUCUUCUUGUCCAUCUGAUGAAGAUUGUAUAUGUGCUUUUUAUUUAUGCAACUGGUUUUUAGCUUUUGUAUUCAAUGUUGUUGAUGCACUUGCUAAUAACUUAAGUUUUGUGGUUUGAAAUUUAGAUACUGAUACUGUACUGCCAAAUGAUGAUGGCUUGGAGGCUCCUGUAGCGAAGAAGAAGAAAAAUUCAUAUGAAAGCGUCAGCUUACCAGAAGGUAAAUUAUAAUGUUUACUAUACUCAAUUGAACACAACACAUGUUACAGUAGAAGUAUGCAUGUGGCUUAAGUGUGAACUCUACUUGUACCAAGAGCAUCUGAAGGUCAUGGUCAAUCAGUUCCAUGUAUGAUAUGCAGAAUUAAACUUGCAUUUUAAUUUGUUCUUACUCAUGAUUUAAUAGAGGACAGAUGCAUCUGUUGGAAGAUAAUGUCCUUAUUAACUGUAUUUUGCUUUGUUAUCAUAUUAUGAAACAAAUAGUUUCCAUGUUACCAAGGGUCUGUACAGUAAUAGAUCACAGAAGACAUCCAACUGUGGUAAGAUCAAAAAAGUGGCGCACAAAGUGCAGCCACAUUUUUACAUUUUCUGUGAUCUAGUACUGAACAGAACCAUAGAACACAAAUGGAUACCUGUACUUUUGUCUUCUUCAGACGUUUCAGUUCCAGAUAGUACAGAGUUUCAGUCCCUGAAAGAAUUUGUGAGUGAGAAGACACUUAAUGCAAUUACUGACAUGGGCUUCACAAACAUGAUGGAAAUCCAGCACAAAAGUAUUGUACCACUGCUUAAGGGAAGGUACAGUAUGAUUCCAAUGUUUGGUGUAUAGUUGAUACUUUUAGACCAGUGCAUGUAUUUCAGUGAUUAUUUCAGAUUCAGGAAAUGAUUGAGGUUCAAGGUGCGAGUUUAGUUUUUGAGAUGCUGAUAUGAAAGAGCAGAUGAAUUAUCACUCAUAAUAAUUGAUAAAUUCUUGUGAAUAGAAGCUACAUGUUUUUCAUAUAUUCAUAGUCGUAGAAGCUACUCUUAUUUACUUAUGGUCUACAUGCAUUCUAUGAUAUGAAGUCUUUGCAGUGAGCACUUAUGUUCACAUAAUUUCUGUGGUACAUGCACAUGUACAUGUAUAUAUACAUGUUGAAGGUUGGGUAAUCUAAAAGUCUUUAAUGGGUCAAAUCCAUUUUAUUUGGGUAUGGAAAACCAGUGAAGUGAUUUCAAUUGAAUUUAGAAAAAGGUAAGGCAAUAAAUACCUCUUAUAGGAGGGUGAAUUAAAUAUUCGAACAAACAGAGAAAUUCCUGUGUAAUGGUUGUGCAUUGUUUUUCUGUAAGGGAAAUUAUGCUAGGAAUCAAAUAUUAACCAGCUCCAGUUUGAGUUGUUAGCUAUUUGUCUAUGUACCCUUGUGUUUUAAUUUUACUUGGAUUUAAGAUAAUUUCUAGAAGAAAGUCAAAGAUAUUCUGGAGGGUCAUUUGCAGUUCAUGAAUUCUAUCCACUAACAUUGUGCUCUGCAAGAUUUUAAUGCCAAGUUUCUUGUGUUAGGGAUUUACUAGGAGCUGCUAGAACUGGCAGCGGAAAAACUCUGGCAUUUCUCAUCCCAGCAGUGGAACUGUUAUACAAGCUGAGCUUUAAGCCAAGAAAUGGUAAGCAUCUACGUCUUAAUGUUUGUUACGAUAAGUGCCUUGGUCUUCAUUAUUUUCAUGCAGUUGACUUCUUUGUACUUUUUAAGUUCUGCAAUGAAUUGUGGGUGGGAUGGUGGCUCAGCAGUUAGUUCCUUAGACCAUGAGCAAGAGGUCUGGGACUUGGUGGGGUUGAGUUUUGUUCUUUGGUGAGUAAAUUUACUCUCGGAGUGCCUUUUUUCACCAAGGAGUAUAACAAUGAAUGGGUCCCAACAAAGUUUCAAGGAAAAUUGAGCAAUUUCGGGGGGAAUAGUGCUCUAGUCAAAAGAAAUGCUUAUACUCUUUAAGACUCUUUAAGCUAUGAAAAGUAAUGUAAGGUUCAGACAUAAGAAUCAUCAGACCAAUUUUUUACUUUAAUAUUUGUCUCUUUUGGCAUUUAGGUACUGGAGUGAUAAUAAUCUCACCAACAAGAGAGCUGUCUCUUCAGACCUAUGGUGUGGCCCGGGACUUGCUCAAAUACCACAAUCACACAUUUGGGAUUGUUAUGGGUGGAGCCAAUCGCAAGGGUGAAGCAGAUCGCCUACAGAAGGGUGUCAAUUUACUCAUAGCAACCCCUGGAAGGCUUCUGGAUCACUUACAAGUGAGUUUUAUAAUUGAUACUCAGCUUUAUUGAUACUCAGCUUUAUGAUUGCCCAUUACAAAGAUGCAUCUCUGCCUCUCAGGUUCAUGAUUUUCAAUGUUUGACCCCUGAUCACAGGAUUUGGUUUCAAGGAACACAGUACAAUUUUGUGGUCUUUGGAAAGACCUUUGCCUGAUAAGUGCCUAUCUCCACCCACAGUUAGGUUGUGCAAUAUCUGUUCAUGGUUGCUGUUAGUCUGUCUAUGAAAACACAUAAAAACACAUAAACAUUUCGAUGGGAAUUAAAUCUGGGUCAGUAUUAUCAGCAGUCAUUGCAGUUUUAAGAAAUUUAUUAAAAAUAGUUGGAGAUGUGGACAAGCCUACUGCACUGUGGAUUUACUGGUAAACUCUCUUCUACAAGUAUAAAUAUUUACCUAUAUGAAGCUCUUACUAAUUUAAUUCCCCUUGGUCUAUUUCUCAGAAUACGCAAGGUUUUAUUUUCAAGAAUCUCCAGUGUCUGAUCAUAGAUGAAGCUGACAGAAUCCUGGAAAUUGGCUUUGAAGAAGAAAUGAAACAAAUUGUCCGACUUUUACCGGGUAAGAUUCAAUAGUUUUCAAUGGAUUAGCAUAUUUGACAUUUAAAAAUUAGAUUAUUUGCUCUUGAUUUCUUUUGCCUGACAGCUGAUGAAGGCAAAACCAUAAUCAACUCUUGUGGUAGAAUAUUUGUAGAUUUAAAGAGUAUAUACAGUGAACCAUGUUCAGUAGAUGUGACAAGAGGAGGAUGGUACACAAAUUUAUUUGAUAGCGGGUUGAUUUCUAGUUCGCAGGCAGACAGUUUUGUUUUCAGCCACUCAGACCAGGAAUGUGGAGGAUCUUGCCCGUGUUUCUCUCAAGAAGUCUCCCCUCUAUGUGGGUGUUGAUGAUCACAGGGAAACAUCAACUGUUGAGGGCCUUGAACAGGUAGAGAGAUCAUGUAUUUGAUACUGUUUUGUUAUGCCCAAGUUUGUUUCAAUUGUGCUCUGAACUCAGAUCUUAACCAAUGUCCUGUUGUAACAAGCUGUCUUUUUUACAAUACAGGGAUACAUCGUGGUUCCUUCAGAGAAGCGUUUCCUAGUGUUGUUCACUUUCCUCAAGAAGAACAGAAAUAAGAAAGUUAUGGUGUUUUUUUCAUCCUGCAACUCUGUCAAGUACCACUAUGAACUGCUGAACUACAUUGAUCUGCCAGUGGCUCAUAUCCAUGUGAGUACGUGUAACCCCCGUUAAAACGACGCCCCCCCUAGGACUUGAAAACGUAUUCCUCUUGAUAAUCAUCUGAAUGAUUGUGAUACUUAAUCAAACCACUAUUUCUUUUAGGGUGAGGUUGCUUUGAAAGAAACUGUGGUGCUGUGUGGGGGGUAUUUCAAGAUAAUUAUUUUGGUUUCAUCAACCAUGUUGAUCACGGAAACUGGCCACCGUGAAAAUUUCUAAAGCUGACGUUCCGUGCAUUCGCUCUGACGAAUAUAUCAAAUUCUUAUACCUUGAAGGGAAAGCAAAAGCAACAAAAACGUACCACAACGUUUUUUGAGUUUUGCAAUGCUACAUCUGGAACUUUGCUGUGUACUGAUGUGGCAGCUCGGGGCCUGGAUAUACCGGAAGUGGAUUGGAUUGUUCAGUUUGACCCCCCAGAUGACCCUAAGGUAAUGUACUAUUGUAGUCCCGAUAAAGGGUUAAAGCGGUUUUUAUUUUUGUAAUGUUCUCGUACAUUAUAGGGAUUGAUGGAAAGAAGUAGAGUUCCCUUGACUGAAGAUUGUUUGCACUUUUUCGCACGUAAUUGCACUUUACAGUAUCUUUCUAUUAACUGGGGUGUGUUUUUGUCUGCUAGGAGUACAUUCACAGAGUGGGAAGAACAGCUCGUGGAAAUCAGGGGCGUGGUCAUGCCUUACUUCUCUUAUUACCUGAGGAGCUUGCAUUUCUACGAUAUCUCAAGCAGGCCAAGGUCAGUUAGAUUUUAAACGAGAGGCACAUGUUCGUUGGUGUUCCGUUUGAUAUUUGCAAAAUAAGGGUUGGUCGGUCAUUCAAACGAAGUCUAACUUUGGCUUCGACUAAAGGCAGUAAAUCGACAUACUGUGAGUUUUUGAAGAAAUUAAAUUUUAUUCCAGUGUCUGCUACAGGGUUUCUCGACACUGUUCACAAACUCAACGUUUGCACCGUUGAUAGAUGUGCUUGUUCAGGUAUAAUUUGGAACUAAAUAUUAGAUGGUUUAGAAAACUGUUUUGCUAAACAAUGGCUUAACUUUAAAAUGAGAUAAAUAGAUAAAAUAACUAGCUUAGUGAGUAUUCAGUAAGAAGUGGCAGUUUUUCGUUUACAGUUUAAUUACGGUGGAGAUACUGCAACUUACACGUUGUUAACGGGACACUGACUAUUUGGUUAUUUUAAACAUAAAAGAGUUAGGUUGAUUUUUGUUUUUCUGUUCAAGGUUCCUCUCAAUGAAUAUGACUUUUCAGCAUCUAAAAUAUACAACAUUCAAUCCCAGGUAAAGUAAUUUAUUUUUAUUUAUUUACGCACAGUAAUCAUGGUUCGAAUUAGAUGUCCAUUACCUUUUGAAUACCAGUAGCAUUGCUGUUUUACACGAGGAUCGAGUAUGCUUUGUUGUUGUUGAAAAUCGUUGCUAGGUUACACGUAAACAUAAGCCUUUAAAUUAGAAAAAGCGGGAGUAAGCUUUGCUACUCUCAUAAGCAAGUUUUCUAUUCAUACAUGUAAGUCGACGUCAAGACCUGACGAAAAUUAGCAAAAUGCAAUUCGAACGUCGUGGUUUAUAUCAUUCGUUAGAGGGCCCUACAAACAAACGAUUUUACUUUAUCGUGAGACCGACUCUUUUUCAUUGCUUUUUUGUUUUUCCAACCAUUUAUGAAAGUUAUUUUUCUCACAGUUGGAAAAACUGAUAGAAAAGAACUACUACCUCCAUAAAUCGGCUCGAGAAGCCUACAGAUCGUAUUUACAGGCGUACGCCUCGCAUCAACACAAGAGUAUCUUUAACGUGAAUGCUCUCGACCUUCAAAGAGUAGCUCCUGCCUUUGGCUUUGUGGUCCCUCCGCGAGUGAAUCUAAGUAUCCUUUCAUCACCAUCAAAACUCUCCUUAACAUAUCCCUCAAGGUCUUUAUUGUUUAAUUCGGGUGAGGUUAGUGUUCUAGGCCAGUAAAAAGGUCCUCACAGGGACUUGGGACUUUUUCUUUGUCCCAUACUAGUGAUAAGACGAAAAUCCAUCUUCCUCGAUUGCAUCACCGAGCUAACAAAUAUAUCAUCUCUCUAAUUCUAUUCACAAUCCAUGUUAACUUUUACUUCCUCGGCAUCUGAUUUUAACUUAGUACUUUGCACUCGUAAAUGAGGCACACCCCGAAUUUAGGGGAAAGCGGGGCAGCUUAAACGCCGGUGUUUACGACACUUUGUAUAUUCAGCCUUAACAAACUCUACCAGAUGUCCACAGCAGUAAAGGAGAGAGAAUUCAGAGACGCGGUGGCGGCGGAGGGUAUGGUACGGGAUAUAAAAGCUCGAAGUUACAACAGAAAGCCAAGAUUUUUAAAAGAAAGACCGGUGAUUCGAGACAAUUCACCAGAUAAAAAUGGAAAGUUUACGGCUUUGACUGCUGAAUAA